GUCAGCUGUUCAAUUUAAUAGUUUUAUUGGUUAGCUAUACUUAUAAUAAAUAAAGCAAAUUAAAAGUAUUCAAUGAAAAACCUGUCAUCAAUGUAAUAAAGGAGACUUUCUGCCCAGAACCAAGCUUAAAUUCUAUAUAUAUGCAAUAUGGGUUUUCCUUCAAAUAAAACGUUGGCGAAAUGGGCAGUUUAUAUCGGAGUUGCCGGUAUGUCAAGCAUUAUGUAUAUGAGAUGGAAAGUGGAGGAAAGAAUAAGUAACACAGAUUAUUUUAGAUCUGCAUUCCAAAUUUUGAGACAACACAAGGGUGCUGUAAGUUUACUUGGUGAACCCAUUAAAAAUAUGGGAUUCGACAUUGGUGAUGCAAAUAAUGCCUGCGACGGCGAUAAGGCUAAUUUUGAAGUUUCAGUUAAAGGUUCCAAGGAAAGAGGCAAAAUGUUUUUCUGGGCAACCCGCAAUGAAAAGGAUUGGCUAGUUGAUCAUUUGGAAUUGGAAUUAAAAUCUCAACCAGAUAAACGUUUUAUAAUUAAAUCAUCCGAUAAGCCAAAACCUUAAACGCAAAAGAUAAAAUAAUUUGUACAGGGUUGACAAAUAAAGUUUUAUGCAUAGUUGUUAUUUUGUUUUAGGAAACAAUAA